AUAAGCGUGCUGUUAGACAUGUCUGGGUUCAGCGCUGAGCUCAUUGACUAUCUGGAGGGAAGAAUAACUUUUGAGGAGUUUGAUAAGAGGAGAGACGAGAGGAAAGCGAAGGAGUCCUGUCAGGAGUCAGAUGUGUUAGUUGAAGAUGAGGAAGAGGAUGCUCAGCCCUCCACCUCUGCACAGGCACAAGGGAUAACAGAGGAGGGAGUCAGCCCAGGGGUCCAGCUGGCCUUUGCCUCCAUGCUGGGAGAAACCCCAGACCCCCUGUCUUCAGAGGAAGAGGAGGAGGAAGAGGAGGACAGCUUGAGCUAUGCAGACGAUGAAAAUGAUGAGGAUUACAAGGUGGAGGAGGAAGAGGAGGAGAAGAAGAAGAAGCAGCGUGGAAAGGCAAAGUUGGAUCUGUCAGAGAAGACACAGAAGGGAGGAGAGGGAGAAGAGCAGGAGGCUGAGGACAUGACGGUGGGAGAUGUGUUCGCACUGGAGAUGGAGCUGAACCGAGAGAACAAGAAGAUGAUGAAGGAGCGGCGUAACCGCAGCAAGCUGCCCCGCGCUCUGAGAGGUCUGAUGGGAGAGGCCAACAUCCGUUACGCCAGAGGAGAGAAAGAAGACGCCAUCAUGAUGUGUAUGGAGAUCAUCAGACAGGCUCCUCUGGCCUAUGAGCCUUUCUCCACACUGGCUAUGAUCUAUGAGGAUGAUGAAGACAUGGACAAAGCGCUGCAGUUCGGUCUGAUCGCUGCCCACCUGAACCCCUCAGACUGUGAGGAGUGGAUCAGACUAGCAGAAAUGUCUCUCGAGCAAGACAACAUCCGGCAGGCCAUCGUCUGCUACACCAAGGCCAUCAAGUACGACCCCACCAACGUGCGGUACCUGUGGGAGCGCUCCAGCCUCCACAUGCGCGUGGGCGAGCACAAACAGUGCAUGGACGGCUACCGCAGGAUCCUCUCACUGCUGCCGCUGGAGGACGGAGAGCACUUCAUGCAGCUGUCCAAGGACAUGGCCAAGAGUUACUAUGAGAGUAAUGACUUGCCCUCUGCACUGGGUGUGAUAGAGGAUGCUCUGUCGCGACACCCCAGCCUGGUCAGUGAUGAUGUCAUCAACAUGGCAGCUGAGCUCUAUAUCGCCAACCGCCAGUACAACAAGGCCUUACAGGUCUUGGUUAAGUUUGCAGGUGUAGUUUUGGUCAGGGGGGAAACCAAACCAGACUGCACAGUUCUGCCAAAAGAAGAGAAAGUGUCAGAGAAGACGACGGAGGAGGAGGAGGAGAAGAAUGAAGAAGGAGCGAAGUCAAAGACUGUAGAGGAAACAGCAGCAGAAGAAAACGGUGAAAUUAAGGAUGUACAGGUACCAGACAGCGUCCCAGUGGACCUGAAGGCCAAGCUCAUUGUCUGCCUCAUACACCUGCAUGUCAACACUCCCCUGGAGGGCCUGGUGUCAACAAUGACAGAGCAGAGUCCAGAGGAGAUUGGGGACUUGUAUCUGGAUGUAGGUGAAGCCUACCUGGAGCAGGGAGAGUACCUGUGUGCUCUGCCUCUGCUGUCUGCACUCGUCAUAUCAGAGAAGUACAACCUGGCUGUGGUCUGGCUCCGACAUGCAGAGUGUCUGAAGGCGCUGGGCCACAUGGAGGAGGCAGCACAAAGCUUCACUAAGGUGGUGGAGAUGGCUCCGCAGCACCUGGAGGCCCGGCUGUCCCUGGCCACCCUGCAGCAGCAACUGGGCCGACCAGAUUGCGCCCUGAAGGCCCUGGAGUCCAUGUACGACAGUGACACACUCGCACAAGACUCAUCAGCUGCACAAAAGGAGUUAAAGCUGCUGCUGCAUCGCUCCACACUGCUGAAGACUCAGGGACAAAUCCAGCACUACCUGGAUGCUAUGAUCACUAUGAUCUCCAUGCUGCUCAAGGUGGCCAUGCAGCGUGCUAAGGUGUGUGUGUGCUCUGUAACCGUGUCGGGUGAGCAACACCUGAGGCUGGUUAAGACCAAAGACAUGCUGCCUGAGAUCGCUGACCAGGAAGCUGCCUAUCUGGAUAACACAGGUAAGACAAACGUCCUGUCCAGAGAGGACUGGUGGCAGCUGCUGGUGAGCUGCCUGCUCACACUGUGUGAGGUGGAGCGCUACAAAGAGGCUGAGCUGCUGGUGGAGUCAGCCAUGGAGUUCUACUCCUUCUAUGACAACAAGCCCAGGAGGAAGGAGCUGGAGUUCUUCGGCCUGUCUGCAACCAUCCUGGACCACAACCACUACAAGGCCUACAACUACAUCAGAUUGAUGCUGAUGGAGAAUGUGGAUCGACCUCAGCUUUGGAAUAUUUUCAACCAGCUGACAAUAACAUCCCAGCACCAGCGUCACCACCGCUUCUGUCUGCGUCUGCUGUUAAAACACCCCGACAACCACGCCCUGUGUGUCCUCUGUGGACACAAUGCCAUGGUGUCAGGAAGCUUCAAACACGCUCUGGGUCAGUAUGUUCAGGCCUUCAAGACUCACCCUAACAACCCACUCCAAAGCCUGUGUGUGGGUCUCACCUUCUUCCACAUGGCAUCUCAGAAGUAUGUAGCCAAACGUCAUACACUGGUGCUUCAGGGUUUCUCCUUCCUGUGGCGCUAUCUGGAGCUGCGUGGAGAAUGUCAGGAGAGUAUGUACAACCUGGGCAGAGCACUACACCAGAUGGGCCUCACACAUUUGGCCAUACAUUAUUACCAGAAGGCUCUUACACUGCCUGCACAGAAACUUGAGGGUAUCACUGACGAUCAGGUGGAUCUGAGGAGGGAGAUCGCCUUCAACCUCUCCCUCAUCUACCAGGCCAGCGGGAACCUGGAGAUGGCCCACCAGCUCAUCAACACACACUGCGUCAUCUGAAAAUGAAGCUUUGACAAGUGAUGCUCAUUAUGAGUUUGAGACUCAGA